CGCAGCUGCAACUAAUCCGGCGAUAGAGCAAGUAAAGCUGUAAAGCCAAAUUUAACAUAUCUUCUGAUGGAGACUCGUCAAGGAUUAUACAGUACGAGGCUAGUUCCGCUGUUACAUUUAUUGAUGUCGGAAGUGAUAAACCGAUGACGACAUAUUAAAUGGGCUUGGGCCAAAAGAUGAUUUUUGUGUGGAUAAUGUUAGGCCCAUUAGGAUCAUCUUAACACCCGAUUAAGUUGAGGAUUAUUUUUAGAUAUGUCGAAGAUGAAAAAUUAUCAUGUGAGAAGAGCUUAAUAAAAAUCUCGAGAAAUAUUUCGAGCUCUCUUUUUGGGCGACGUUGUUGCUCGAGCUCUUUCUUCGAUUCUUGUCUCUUUUUUUUAGUUGUAUCUUUGUGAUUCCAAGGGAGAAUUUGUCUUCCGGAGAUGUCUUCACUCACCUCCGUUGAAUUGAAUUUUCUAGUUUUCCGAUAUCUUCAGGAAUCAGGGUUUACACACGCUGCAUUCACUCUAGGUUACGAGGCAGGGAUAAAUAAAUCCAACAUUGAUGGGAAUAUGGUCCCACCUGGUGCUCUUAUCAAAUUUGUUCAAAAAGGACUCCAGUACAUGGAGAUGGAAGCUAAUUUGAGCAAUGGAGAAGUAGACAUUGAUGAGGAUUUCUCAUUUUUUCAACCGCUGGAUCUGAUUUCAAAGGAUGUGAAGGAGUUGCAGGAGAUGCUGAGAGAAAGGAAGAGGAAAGAGAGGGAUAAGGAGAAGGAUAGAGAAAGAUCUAAAGAAAACGAUAAAGAGAUCGAACGCGAACAUGAAGGAGAUCGCAGCCGAAUGAAGGAAAAGGAUAGGCAUGAGAAGCAGAAGGAACGAGAGAGGGAAAGGGAAAAGAUGGAACGAGAAAAGGAGAGAGAAAGAGAGAAGAUGGAACGAGAAAAGGAAAGGGAAAGGGAGAAGAUGGAACGAGAAACUUUCGAGAGGGAAAGGGAAAGAUUAAAAUUAGAGAGGGAAAGAGAAAUGGAACGGGAGAGGGAAAGAGAGAAGAUAGAGAGGGAAAAGGCCCAUGAAAAACAGCUUGGAGGUGGUGAUCGGGACAUGGUUAUUGACCAAAGUGACAAAGAAAAUGCUGGGGAUGAAGAACAUGGGGGUUCGACAGCUGCAGAACCUAUGGAUAUCACGAUGACUUCUACAUCUCAGCCAUGUCACAUUCCUAGUUCUGAUGUGAGGAUUUUGGAAGGGCACACUUCUGAGGUUUGUGCUUGCGCGUGGAGUCCGUCGGCUUCAUUGCUUGCAUCAGGGUCUGGUGACGCAACAGCACGUAUCUGGAAUAUUCCGGAAGGGCCAUUCAAAUCUGGAUUCCAUCGUAGUAUCAACGCUUUGAUCCUGAAACAUGCAAAAGGAAAGUCAAACGAGAAGAGCAAAGAUGUGACCACUCUUGAUUGGAAUGGUGAAGGGACUUUACUUGCAACUGGUUCAUGUGAUGGUCUAGCAAGAAUAUGGAAUACAAAUGGUGACCUGAUAAGUACCCUGAGCAAACACAAGGGACCUAUUUUUUCCCUAAAGUGGAACAAGAAGGGUGAUUAUCUUCUAACCGGAAGUGUAGAUAGAACUGCUGUUGUUUGGGAUGUAAAGGCAGAGGAAUGGAAGCAACAAUUCGAAUUUCAUUCAGGCCCCACACUUGAUGUUGAUUGGCGCAACAAUGUGUCUUUUGCAACGAGUUCCACGGACACCAUGAUAUACUUAUGUAAGAUUGGAGAAACUAGGCCUGUCAAAGUCUUUGCCGGUCAUCAGGGUGAGGUUAAUUGCGUGAAAUGGGAUCCUACUGGUUCAUUACUGGCCUCCUGUUCAGAUGAUAGUACUGCUAAGAUAUGGAAUAUAAAACAACACAACUUUGUUCAUGACCUUCGAGAGCAUACUAAGGAAAUAUAUACAAUCAGAUGGAGCCCUACAGGACCGGGAACUAACAAUCCUAACAAACAGCUUACUCUUGCGAGUGCAUCAUUUGACUCAACAGUAAAGCUAUGGGAUGCAGAGCUGGGAAAGAUGCUGUGUAGUUUCAACGGCCACAGGGAACCGGUUUACUCGUUGGCGUUUAGUCCAAACGGGGAGUACAUAGCGAGUGGGUCUUUGGACAAAUCGAUACACAUAUGGUCAAUAAAAGAAGGGAAAAUCGUAAAGACGUACACAGGAAAUGGAGGAAUUUUCGAAGUGUGUUGGAAUAAAGAAGGUAACAAAAUCGCAGCUUGCUUCGCUGAUAACUCGGUUUGCGUUCUUGAUUUCAGAAUGUAGUUUUAAAGUGUAGUAGUAGUGUUCCCAACACUCUCAGUCCAAGCCUUAUUUUUGGUUGUUGCACAUAUAGUUAUAACCCUUUAAAUUCAAAAAAGGCACAAGACAAAAGUGUACUUCAGAUGUUUUUCUCAUUGUU